AUCGUCGCCAUCUAUACCCAGAUUCCCUCGCUAUUCCCGUCCAAUACAUUACCUGCUACCAGUCGCAGUCGUAAUAGCGGCGUACGCUCUCGCGAAAUUCUCGAAUCCUAACUUUUCGCACCUGCAUUCCUUCCGCCCUCAAAAGACUUCCUCCUCGCAACCCAUCUUUCUGACGCCCACCAUGUCCACCCCCGGAUCAAUUGCUCCCGGGCGUCCGGAGACACUAACGAAAGAGGAGGAAGCCAAGCUAAAGGAGUUCUGGAACACAGCACUGAAAGUAUUCGGCGUGAGUGCACCGGAAGGUUCCGAGUCCCCUUCCCAAGCCCCUGCUACUGCCGAGGAGAACGGCGACCCCGUGACGUCGCACACCUCACCGGACAAGAAGAAGAAAACGCUCGGGAGACUGCUUAGCCGGAAGGAAAAAACUGGCGCUCCAAGGAAGGAGCCGCCAGCCGCGACCGAUGCGGGUGCUGACAUAGCGCUUGACGCCUCGGAUGACAAGUAUGGUCACACAAAGGAGUUCAAAGCUGCGCUAGCCUCGCAGACCCCGUCCGAAUUGCGAGAUGCCUUCUGGAGCAUGGUUAAGUGCGACAACCCUGACGCGCUGCUGCUGAGGUUUCUGAGGGCGAGAAAGUGGGACGUGGACAAGGCGCUGGUAAUGAUGGUCGCUACCAUGAAUUGGAGGUCCAAGGACAUGAAUGUACAAACUGUUGUCGGGAAGGGCGAAGGCGGAGCAGCAGCGGAGAAGGAUAAUGACUUUAUGAUGCAGUUGCGUAUGGGAAAGUGUUAUCUCCAUGGACUGGACAAAGAAGGCCGCCCUAUAUGUUUUGUCCGAGUGAGACUGCAUAAGCAGGGUGAGCAGAGUGAGGAGAGCCUUGAACGGUACACAGUCUACAUCAUGGAGACGGCCAGGCUGAUGUUGCAGCCUCCGGUUGACACUGCUGCGGUUGUCUUUGAUAUGACUGGGUUUUCUAUGGCGAACAUGGAUUACGCCCCUGUAAAAUACCUGAUCAAAUGCUUCGAAGCUCACUACCCCGAGAGUCUCGGAAUCUGCCUCGUACAUAAAGCCCCAUGGUUGUUCUCAAGCAUCUGGGCCGUAAUCAAAGGCUGGCUCGACCCCGUCGUCGCCUCCAAAAUCCACUUUACCAAAACAAUCGAAGACAUGGAAGCCUUCAUCCCUAAAGAAAACAUCCCCAGAGAACUGGGCGGCAGCGAGGACUGGACCUACACAUACGUAGAGCCAACCCCCGACGAGAAUGUCCCGCUGGAAGACGAGGCACGCAAAAACACGCUCCAAUCCGCCCGCGGGGAGCUAGUCCGUAAAUACGAGAGCGCGACGCACGCGUGGAUUGCCGGCGGCGAAGCGGGUGAGAUUGCUGCUGCGGAGCGUAAAGCUAUCGCUAGGAAGCUAGCCACCGGGUACUGGGAGAUGGAUAAAAACUUGCGCGCUAGGACGGUUUAUGAUCGUACCGGUGUGCUGUUGCCGAAUGGUCAGGUGGACUUUUAUGGUCAUAGAAAGAAAAACGCUGGUGCGGUGGAGACUUCGGAGGAUGACAUUGAUUAGUUUGAUUUUUGUGAUGGUUUUUUAUUUUAUUUCAUCUUUCUCUUGUUUGGAGGAGGAGGAGGAGGAAGGGUGAGGGUAAUGGUUUUUGAAAGUUUUUGAGUAUGAUAUGAUAGGCUAGAUACCAUGAUCUGCGGGGUUGGAGGUGGGAGUUGGGAUGGGAUGAGGUGGCUUUAGAUAGGUUUUUUUUUUUUUUUUUGGUUUGUUUAGAGGGCUUAUCGUACUUCUAGAGAUAUAUUUGCCGAGCGGGAGAGGGGAGAUACCGGUGACGUCUGAUUAAUACUUGCAAUCAUAUCAUGUAUUGUAUAAAUUGCGCUUGUGGGUAUGUAACUAUAUAGAGCGCUUUCUUUCUUUCUUUUUUUUUUUUUAAAAAAAAAGGGGAGGGGGAAACAAGAAA